ACCAAUCCAUGCCUGGGUGGGGAUAGAAGUAGGGGGCCAUGAUAUGUACAUAGGAGGCCUCAGUUCCCAUUUAGGCAGUGUCUGGGACACAGAAUAUAGGGCCUAAAUCUUCAUGGAGUAUCAGAGGAGGUCGAGAUGGCUCUCUUCAGCCUGGCUUCUUAUUCUUGGGGCAUUUACUUUGAGAGACACCCAGGCAGUACACCACAAGCAUGUGGCUCAGUUCACUGUAGUGGGCUCGGCCCACUCUCUCUUGGAACUAAGGGAAAUCAGCUUCAUGGAUGAUAUUCAAGUGGCAUCCUACAACAAUAUAGACCAGCAAAUUACUAUCAAGAUACCCUGGCUCUCUAUAGCAUUGGGAGUCGAUUCCCUCACCGAGAUACAGAAUUUAUUCAUGUUCCACGAGCAAGAUAUCAACUGGAUCUUCCAAUACUUUCCAAAGAAUGACACUUACGACAACAGAAACUACACAGGGCAGCUCCUUGCAGACUGUGAAAUAGACAAUGACAUCAAGGUGAAGAGCCUUGUCCAUUUAAUUUGGGAAGGAGAAGAAUAUUACAGGAUAGAUGAAGAAGUUGGGUACUGGGAGAAUGUAAAGCCUGAAUUCAAGAAAUAUGAGUUCAUUCUAGAGAGUCCCUUCUGGACUGAUCUAAGGAAACGCUACAUGAAUUAUUAUUGUGUUGACCUGCUGAGGAAAAUCGCUGGGUUCUCAAGCUUAAGGGAUAAUGUGCCCCCUGAGGUGACCGUAUCUCGCCGUGUCAACCGAGAAGGCAGCAUCAUUCUCUCCUGCACAGCCACAGGCUUCUACCCUCGCUCCAUUCUACUGCAUUGGGAAAAGGAUGGGAAGCUUGGUGUAUGGGGAAAGGAGACUUCCACUGGCACCCUGCCCAAUGCAGAUUCCACUUUCUACCUCCGAGUUACCUUAGAGCUCCCACCAGAAGACUCAGGGAUGGGUUACACUUGUGUGGUAGAACAUAUUGAGCUGAAGACCCCUGCUGUGUAUCCAGUCCCUGAAAAGCCCACAAGGGAGAAGCCUUGGGUCCUGACACUGGGCAUUGUGUUGGCUGUCAUUCUUCUGCUGAGCUGUGCUGGGGCCUUCAUAGCAAGGAAGAAGAGGCAGUCAGGUUUGCAUGUUUUCCUUUUGUGAGGUUGUCCUCCUUCACUGAUGUCCUCUGCUGAUGCCUCAUCAUAGCACUGGUGAGCAAGGCUUCUGCAAGCUCUUCCUGUGGAGCACAAGCCCUGGAGGGUCCUACCUAGGUCAAGAAGCUCCAUUUGUGGGAGCAGAUGACUAUUGUCCCAACACCAGUCUCUCUGAAUUCAUAAAGAUUCAGGAAGAAGUGUCCACUGGAAUAAGCAAAUUUUUACCCGAGGCAAUGGUGAAGAUUAACUAUUCAUUCAUAGAGAACUUAUUGUUUGUGUCGGGGAAGUAAGCACCCACCCACCCAAGCAAAUCUCAAGCCCUUCAAUUAUGGAAGAAUAGUUGUAAUCAGUGUCCUCUGCUGUGCUUUCUUUGAGUCCCCUUUUGCAAACUGUUCACCUAGGGUUUUUCAGUUGUGCUGGGGCAUCGCACUCAAAUAUUCUUAUAUGUUCCUCAUAAAUUUUGUAUGUUAGGAUUUAUCUUUAAUAUUUGAUUCACAUUUUCCAAAUCUGACCUUGAUAAUUAUUUGUCGUUUUGAAAAAGUUGGCAAUUUUAUGCAAUAAACUCACCAGCCUUCCUCUGCUCUUA